AGUUGUCUGCAGACCCGGAAACGGAAUGCUUGGGACGAAGGUCAGUCUGCAGAGCGAGUUGACUGUUCUGAGUCCUUCCUGAGACAGCGUGCAGCAGAGGACUGUCUGUCCCACGUGAUUGACUUCUAAAGACUCAGACUGAGGAAGAAGCCUGGAAGAGCAAAGAAAAGGAGUCAGGAAUGGCUAUUUCUCAGGAACAGUUGACCUUCAAGGAUGUUGCUGUAGAAUUCUCUCAGGAGGAGUGGGAAUGCCUGGACCCUGCUCAGAGAGCCUUUUACAUGGACGUGAUGGUGGAGACCCUCAGGAACCUAAUCUCUGUGGAUAUCUCUCAUAUACAUGUGGUCAAGAAAUUACAACCAACAGCAAGCAGUGAUACAGGAGAUGCAUUCCGAACAGUGACUUUGGAAAGACAAAAAAGCCCUGAAAUGAAAUAUUUUUGCUUCACGGAAAUCCAGGAAGAUGACUUUGGGUGUCAGUGGAAGAAUGAUGAAAGAAAUUACAGAGGAAUGCCUGUAAUGUAUAAGGAAAAUGUAACUCACAGAAGAGAUCGACAAGGUAGGUGGGAUGCAGGAAAGAAGCCUAUUAAAAAUAGACUUGUGUUAAACUUUCAGGAUGAACUGCAUAUAUUUAGGAAAAAUAUUUACAAAUGUCAUGAAUGUGGCAAAUCCUUCAAUUAUGGCUCCUCUCUCAGUAGACACCUUCUAAUCCAUACAGGAGAGAAGUUAUAUAAAUGUGGUAUAUGUGGCAAUGUUUUUCGUCUAAAGUCACACCUUGUAAGUCAUUGGACAACUCACACUCGUGCGAAAAUUUACAAAUGUGAUGAGUGUGGUAAAACCUUUAAUCAUGGCUCCUCCCUCCGUAGACAUCAGAUAAGGCAUACAGGAGAGAAAGUGUAUAAAUGUGAUGUAUGUAGCAAAGUCUGUAGUCAAAAUUCCUCUCUUAAACGUCAUCAAAGAAUUCAUACCGGAGAGAGACCUUACCGAUGCAAUGAGUGUGGCAAAACCUUUAAUCGUGGCUCUCACCUCUCCACACAUGAGGUAAUCCAUACAGGCAUGAAAUUAUGUAAGUGUGAUGUAUGUGGCAAAGUCUUUAGUCAGAAUUCAUGCCUUCGAAUUCAUCGGAGAAUUCACAACGGAGAGAAACCUUACAAAUGUAAUGAGUGUGGUAAGGUCUUCCGUCAAAAUUCACAUCUUGGAAGACAUCAGAGAAUUCAUACUGGGGAGAAACCUUACAAAUGUGAUGAGUGUGGCAAGGUCUUUAAUCAGUAUUCAAAUCUUGCAAGCCAUCAAAGAAUUCAUACUGGAGAGAAACCUUAUAACUGUAAUGUGUGUGGCAAGGUCUUCAGUCAAAAUUCAAAUCUUGUAAGUCAUCAGAGAAUUCAUACUGGUGAAAAACCUUACAAAUGUAAUGAGUGUGGCAAAUUUUUUAAUCAAAGAGCAUACCUUACAAAGCAUCAGAGAGUUCAUAUUGAAGAAAAGUCUUACAAAUGUAAUGAGUGUGGGAAGGUCUUCAGUCGAAAUUCAAAUCUUGAAAGUCAUCAGAGAAUUCAUACUGGAGAGAAACCUUUCAAAUGUAAUGAGUGUGGCAGGUUGUUUUCUCAAAAGCCAAACCUUGGAAAGCAUCAGAGAAUUCACAUGGGGGAGAAACCUUACAAAUGUCAUGAGUGUGGGGAGGUCUUUAGUCGAAAUUCACUUUUUGCAGUUCAUCAGAGAAUACAUAACAUAGAGAAGGCUUUCAGCUGUAAUGAACUUGAAAUGCCUUUACUGAGUUCUCAACCUUCACUAAGUAUCAGAUAAUUUAUACAUGAAAGAAACUAUGUGUGUGUGACAUAUGUGGGAAGUCUUCAUUCAAAACUUACAGCAUACAAUUCACUGGAGAUUUCAUAGUAGGGAGCAGCUAAGCAGAUGUCAUGAAUAUGCCAAAGAUUUUGUGCCUGCAAGCCUCUUUUUCUAUUAGAUAAUCUAUAAUGGAGAGAAACCUUACAAAUGUACUAAGUGUCUCAAAGUCUUCAGUCCAAGUUCAUACCUUGAGAUCUGCCAGAUACUUUAUACUGGAGAGAAACCUUUCAAAUAUAAUGAGUGUGGCAAGUCCUGCAGUGUCAAGCCCAAGUUACCAUCAGGUGACCCAUCCUGGUGAGAGACUUUAAUAAUACAGUGAUACGACAAGGCUUUUAGAAGGUAGCCACAUCUUAGGCUUCAUUAGAAAAUUCAUUCCAGAUAGAAACCAGAUAAAGGUAUUUUAUUGUGGUCAGGCCUUAAGAGGAAGAAUUUAUUAAUUAACUCAUUCUCCAGUUAAUUAAUUAACUCACUAAUUAAUUUAUUAACUCAUUCUCACAAAUCUCAUUUGUGGGAUUAUCGAGUUAAUUAAUUAACCCAUUAAUCAAUUUAUUAAUUAACUCAUUCUCACAAAUAAUCUCAUUUGUGAGAUUAUCUCACAGAUGCCAUGGAUGUGGAAUAAUAAUCUUACUGCUCAGGUAGGACAGUUUUCAUUUGUGAGUGACGGACCACCUGGAGAACAGGGACUGAAAGCAGUAGGAGGUUUAUCAUUCUCAUCUAACAGGAAGUCCAGAGGCUGCCUCGUGGGGUGUGAUGGGAUCCUCUGCCUCUUCAACCUCCAUGAGUACUUAAUCCUCCCCUUAUAGUCACAUGACUGCUUUAUGACUGAGAAGGCUGAAGGUUGAGGGCAAAAACCCUUCUCACUUUAAGGUUUUUGUAUAUUCUCCCUGGUAUUUUCUCCCUGGGUCAUGUGCUUGUGACAUGUCUAAGGACUCUGCAUCAAGUUCCGGAUUCUGAAGUUUUUGUUCUAUAGCAUUUUUCCUAAAUCUCUUAUAGUGUAAAGUUCCAUAAUUUGUUUUAAAGCAUUGGUUAACUUUUUGCUGAUGUUUGACAGAUGUAAAGUUUAAAUGGAGAAAUUUUCUUUUGUACUAUGAAUAUUUCAUUGACGAGCACAUGUGUGGGACAGGCCUGCCUUCAUUGAGUUGCCUGGGUACCUUUGUCAAAAAGUAAUUGGAAGUACACUUGACCCUUGAACAAGGCAGGGAGUUAGGGUUUAGUCUCCUGAGCAGUUCUAAAUCCAUGUAUGAUUUAAUGCUAUCCUGCUAUAUCCGUGAUUCUGCAUCCUCGGAUUCAACCGGCCUCAGAUCCUGUAGUACUGUAGUAGUGUUUAUUAGAAAAAAAUGCCCGUAUAAUUGAAGCCACACAGCUGAAACCUGUGCUAUUGAAGGGUUAAUGUACGGUGUGGUGUCCUCAGUCAUGUCCAGCUCUUUGUGACCCCAUGGACUGUAGCCCACCAGGCUCCUCUGUCCAUGGGAUUUCCCAGGCAAGACUACUGGAGUGGGUUGCCAUUUCCUCCUCCAGGGCAUCUUCCCCACCCAGGGAUUGAAACUGCGUCUCUUGGGUCUCCUGCAUUGGCGGGUGGAUUCUUUACCCCUGUGCCAUCUGGGAAAAACUGUAGUGAUGGAGGGCUAUUUCUUGUCUCCUCAUUCUGUUCCAUUGGUCUUUGCGUCUGUCAUUCCACAAAUCCCACAUAGUCUUGAUUCCUGUCACUGUAUUAGAAAUCUUGAGAUCAUGUGGGGUGAUUCCAACCACUUCAGUAUUUUUCAGGUGUUUUAGCUCUUCUAGUUCUUUCGCCUGUCUCUGUUAUUUUUAGAAGAAUCUUGUUUGAAUCUACAAAAAUCUUGAUGGAAAAUGCAUUAAACCUGUAUGUCAAUUUGGGAUAUUUUAAUAUCACUUCUAUCUUGUGUCUUCCAGUCAAUUAAUCUGGUAUGUUUUAUUAAUAGUUCAGUGAAUAUCAUGUGUUUCUCUCAGAUGACCUAAAUAGAAGAUUGUCUUUGAUUUCGUUCCUCCCCAUUGUAGGUUUUAAGCAUAAAAAUAUUUUGUUAGAUUUACACAUUUUUCUCCUUUUUGAGCAAACAUCGUAUUCUUUUUUUUUUAUAUAACAAGAAAAUAUUUUAAUACUUUUGUAGCACAAAAUUAAACUGAGACAGGUUAAGAGGAAUGUGAGGGGAUCUAGAAAACCAUAAAUUAUGUAGCUUUAUUUUGCCAUAAGCUAGCAAACAUCGUAUCCUAUAUUUAAUUUCAGUUUCCAUUUGUAAAUUGCAUGGAUAUAAAAUUACAAUAGAUUUUUGCACAUUAUGUCCUGACACCUUGCAAAUUAUACUUUUUUCUAGAAAUUUGUAUAGAUUCUUUUGUUUCUCUGUGCUUUAUUUCCUUAAAUUUCCUGUUUCUACUGCUAAGUUAUCACAAACUGAGAGACUUGAAGGAACACAAGUUUAUUCUCUUAUGGUUCUGGAAGUCAGAAAUGGAAAAUGAGCCAAAGCCCUAUGUUCCAGGAUGCCAGAAGCCACUUAGUUCCUUUGUUUCAUGGGUCCCCAUUUGUAUUUGUAUGGCACACACUUUGAAUUAAUGAAUGAUUUUCUUCAGACGUCUUCUUGUUCUAUGAGCAUUUUCUGAACACAUUAUUUAAUUUAGGGCACCCUGUCACUCCAUCUUUGUACAUGUACGCCUUAAUAGUACUUGACACCAUCAUAUAUGAUUUAAUUAUUGGUGACUUUCCCCUAUAGAAUAUGCUCCUUGAAGGCAGGGUAUUGAUUUUGUUUCCUGCUAGAUAUCCAGUGAUUGAAACCAUUCUCAACUGACAGGUGUGUGAAUGCAUUUCAUCAGUGCAAAGGGUUCUGUAAUAGGUAGGCUCAUAGAGCAGUAAGUCAAAUGGUCUAAUAAGCAUGUAAUCAUAUUGUAUUUGUGGCACCAAAUUCUUUACUCUGUUACAUUACACUCAAGCAUUUUGAAUGUUUGUCAUAAAUUCUCACAAUAUGAUUUAUUCACACAUUGUGAAUUUUCUCCAACAUGUGCUAAACAGAUCUAACUCAUCAGUGAAGAAAUGUCUUCAUGAAGCUUUUUAGUCCACACAUUUUUUUUAAAAUUUAUUUUUAUUUGGAGGAUAAUUGCUUUACAGUGGUGUGUUGGUUUCUCCCAUACAACAGUGUGAAUCGGCCAUAAGCUUACAUGUGUCCCCUCCUUGUUGAACCUCCCUCCUACCCCCUACCCCAUCCCACCCCCUAAGUUGUCACAGAGCACUGGGUUUGAGCUCCCUGUGUUAUAUAGCACCUUCCCAUUAGCUGUCUGUUUCACUCGUGUUAAUGUAUAUGUUUCAGUGCUACUCUCUCCAUUCAUUCCACUCUCUCCUUCCCCUGCUAUAAUACACAUUUUCAAUGUACGAUUCCUUCAGUAAUGCUCCAUUCUACACCCAUUACAAAAUAGUAAUUCUGUUUCUCCGGUAGGAUAGUUUUUAUUCGUGGGUGAGGGGCCACUUGGCAAAUAGUAACUGAAAGAAGUAGGUUUAUCAUUCUCACCAAACAGGAAGCUCCAGAAGAUGCCAUGUGGGAUGUGAUGAGUCCAUUGAAUGACCGAGAAAAGUGAAGGGUGAGAGGCAAAACACUUUUCGAUUUUAGAUUUUGUCUCAUUUUCAUGAAACAAUAAUCCUAGUCAGUACUUUCUGAUAGUAUUAGCCAUUUGCAUUAAAUGGCCACCAUAAUUUUAAUAAUAGAUGUGAAAUUUCUAAUUUCGUAUUUCUCUCUUGAACAAAGAAAAACAAAGGGGGAAAACUGUUAGGAAGCAAUUAUAUCAAAAGACUUUGUCCUUUAUCCUGAGAGUAUAAUAUUCCACAUAACAUGUGGUGACUCUGCUUCAUGUUUGAAAUGCCAAGCAAAACUUUUUAGAGCCUUAUGUUUUCUAAGUCAUAGAUUUAUUUCCUUUCUGCUCUAUCUGAUUCUAAAUACACUUAAAUAAUUCACCAUAUUUUUUUUUUUUGGGGGGGGUUGUGCUAUGCUAUGUGGCUUUCAGGAUCCUAGUUCCCCGACCUGGGAUUGAACCUGCACUCUCAGCAGUUAAGUGCCAAUUCCUAACCACUGGACUGCCAAUUUUGAUAUAGUAAUUCUGAUUCCAGUAUCAGGGUAAGGAAUCAAAGAAUCCAUUUUGAAAUGCUUUUUAACCAUGUCAUCCUACCUGAAUGUGAGAAAUAUACAGGAGGCUUGUAAUUGGGAAAUAUUCUAACAUCACUUCCAAAUAUAUUUUAAGAUUAGACUCAUAUUAAUUAUAUAGUAAUGUAACUGCUAUGGGGCUUCCCAGGUGUCUCAGUGGCAAAGAAUUUGCCUGCCAAUGCAGGAAACACAGGAGAACUGGGUCUCAGGCAUUGCAGGUAGGUAUUAAUUAUUUUAAUAUUUAGUUUUAUUUAUUUAUUUGGCUCUGGUGGGUCUUAGUUGUGGCUUGUGGGGCCUAGUUCCCUGACCAGAGAUUGAACCUGGGCCACCUGCAUUGAGAAUGUAGUGUCUUAGCCACUGGACCACCAGGGAAGUUUCAAUCCUUCAUUAAUUUAGAUAUGAAAAGUGAUACAUUGAAAACAAAAUAGUAUCAAAAUGCAAAAACAGUGUGCAUAUUUGAAUCCCUGUCAAGCACUCUCUACUCUUGUUCUUUUCAUUGAAUUAACUUCAGUAAGUCUCUGUCUGCAGUGUUCUGAAAUAAAACUAAUUUUCCAUAAUCUAUGGUAGACAACAAAGGGCUUCCUUGGUGGCUCAGUGGUAAAGAAUCCACCUGCCAAUGCAGGAGAUGUGAGUUCAAUCCCUGGGUCGGAAAGAUUCCUGGAGAAGGAAAUGGCAACUCACUCUAGUUCUUGCCUGGGAAAUCGCAUGGACAAAGGAGCCUGGUGGGCCUCAGUCCAUGGGGUCACAGGAGUAGGACACGACUUAACGGCUAAACCACCAUCACCACCACCAUGGUAGAUAACAGCUAUUCCCUUUUAAAAUGGAGAGAGGAUCUUCUCCUGUGGUCCAGUGGUUAAGACUGUGCCUUUGAAUGCCAGUAGUACAGGCUCAGUUCCUGGUCAGGGAAUUAAGAUCCCACAUGCCAUGAGGUGUGGCUAAAAAACAACCAAACAACAACAAAAAUCCACUGUUCUCCUGCUUUUUUUUUUCUUCCACAUGUAGCCCAUCAUGAAACACAUAUGAAAACCUCACUUUCACAGUGGCCAGUUCUACUCUAUUUCUUGACCAUCUGUUAGAAGAAUCUUUCAUAUAAUCAUCAAUGAUGGUCCUCAUUCAUAACAACAUAUCUAGAGAAGGUGUCGUGGCCACCAAAAACAUGAUACUUUGUUUUUAAAUUAAUUUGUCUGCAUUGGGUCUUAGUUUCAGCACAUGUGAUCUUUUAGUUGUGGCAUUUAGGAUCUAGUGCCCUGACCAGUGACCGAACUCUGGCCCCCUGCACUAAGGGUGGAGUCUUAGCCACCGUACCACCAGGCGUGUGUGUUGUGUGUUAGUCGCUCAGUCGUAUCCGAAUCUUUGCGACCCCAUGGAUUGCAGCCCACCAGGCUCCUCUGUCCAUGGGAUUCUCCAGGCAAGAAUACUGGAGUGGGUUGCCAUUCCCUUCUCUAGGGGAUCUUCCCAACCCAGGGAUCAAACCCAGGUCUCCCACAUCGCAGGCAGAUUCUUUACCAUUUGAGCCAGGGAAGCACAUCAGGGGGGUCCCAAAAGCAUAUUUUAGAUAAUAUUUUUACAUCUCUACUCUGGCUGUCCCCAUGCUCUCAAAUUUAUACCAUCUUGCUUCUUAAAAUCAGUGUCCUAGUUUUUCCUGGUCUCAUGGAUAUGAAAAAACCCCACCUAAUGCAAUAGGUGGGGUUUCAUCUUACCCGUCUUUUCCCUGAGACUAUCAUGCUGACAAAUGAAAGGCAGAUAAUAGAACAAUAACAUCAACAGAUUUCAAACUUCAGGUUGUAGGUUAUUAAAAACAAUGGACCCUUUUCAUGAGACCUCAGAUAAUUGAAUAAACAAUGUACCAUCUGCAGAUAAUUAGAUCUUUCCACAGAUGUCUGAUCCUUUGACAGGUAUCAACUCAUAUAUUUUAAAUAAUUUUACCUUUAAUUGUCUGUGGAAUUUAACAUCCGAGAUUGGUUAUUUCAAACCUAAUAGACUGAGUUUCCUCCCACUGUAAGUUUUCUUCUUUGUAAGUCCAUUGAGAGGAUUGUUUGAAGAUUUAUCUCCCCAUUUACAUUUGUCAUGUCUCUGUCUAGUGUGAAUUCCUUGUGGAGUAUCCUGAGUAAUUACUGCGAAGUCUUGACAUUCUUGUAUGGUUUCUAUAUUACAUUAAUUCUUUCAAGACCACAAAGGUGUAUAUAUUUUUAUAAAGUUGAUCACAUUCAGUACAUUUGUCAAGUUUCUCCCUAGAAAGAAUCGUGUUAUGUUCUACCAGGCUUAAAAUCUGGAUCAGCUUUGUCAUGCAUUUGUGUGGUUUUCCUCAAAAGUGUUUAUUCUGAUAUCAAGUGAGGUAACAGCCCUAGUUAUGGGCCUUGCCAUCUGUAUUAAUUAGUUUUGUAUGGUGUCUCUCCACAAUGGAGCAUCUUUUUAAUUUUAGUUGAAACAUAUUGCUGUACAAUUUUUGUUUCAGGUGUGAUAUUUAAUGUUUAGUUUUUGCAUACAUUGUGAAAUGACCACCACAGUGAGUCUAGUAGCCAUCUGUGCCCAAACAAAGUUCUUACCAUAUUAUUGACCCUAUUCUUUAUGCCAUAUAUUAUACAUCCUCCUGACUGACUUAUUGCAUAAUUGUCAAUGUGCCCAUUUUAAACUCCUUCAUAUAAUUCACUUCUCUACCCCAUUCUGGAAAUCACAUAUUUUUUCUGUGUGUCUGUUUUCACUGUAUUUUGCAUUUUUUUCUCUUUUAGAUUCUAUAGAUAAGUAAAACCAUGUGGUAUUUGUCUUUGA